CGACGUCGACCCGGAAGCUGUCGCCGGCGGCCGGCCGGCCGGCAGCCCCGACGGAAGGCCGGCUGCAGAGCGCCAUCGCCCCGGCCGCCUGGAGGUGCAGGUGCUGCGGGCGGUGGCUACCGGGCGAGGCCGGCGGAGAGGACCCCCAAUGAGCCCACUCUCGACCGGAGCUCAGUCUGGGCGCGCGGCCCCCCGGCGGCGGCGUGUGACCCGGGCGUAAGUGCUUCUGGGGGCCCCGAGGCUGCUUAGAGGCACUCCGCCUGGGCCAUUAUGAAGCCCGCAGCGUUGGCCGAAGCAGCGUCUCCGCCGAGGGGGGCCGGCCCGAGGGCUCCGUCGGCAGUAGCGAAGGGGAGAAGGCGAGCUGCCGCGGUCGCUUUGCAGGAAGUGUAGGACUUGGAGGUCCCGGACCCCUGCCCGCUGUCCUCGGAUCGCCUAGCGUCCAGGACACAGUUCACCUCCCCCAUCCCCAGCAUCGAAGGAGGGCUGUCAUCUGGGGAAACGUGGUCCCUUCAGCCAUGAAGGCAGAGACAGCGCCCCGGUCCCCGGAGACGCCACCCGAGUCCAGCGGUAGCCUCAAUCUGAUGAGCAGCCGGAAGCUGAUAGCUUUUGGAGUCUUGCUUGGCUGGCUCCUGGUCAUCCACCUUCUGGUCAACGUGUGGCUUCUGUGCCUUCUGUCUGCGUUGCUCGUGGUGCUGGGAGGAUGGCUGGGCUCCGGCGCCAUCGUGGGGGCUUCGGGUCAGCUGCACCUGGAGCGCUUCAUCCCAGUGGCCACCUGCCCUCCGUGCCCGGAGGCGGAAAAGCAGUUGGAACAGGAGAUCAACUGCACCAUCCAGAUGAUUAUCCGGGAUUUUGUGUUGUCCUGGUAUCGUUCGGUGAGCCAGGAGCCAGCUUUUGAGGAAGAGAUGGAGGCAGCAAUGAAAGGGUUGGUUCGGGAGCUUCGGAGGAGGAUGGGCCUGGUGGACAGUCGCGCCCUUGCCCAGAGAAUUCUGACCCUCUGUGGUUGUCACCUGCAGAGCUACAUUCAGGCCAAGGAGGCCACGGCAAGGAAGCAGAGUGGUCCAGUGGAGCCCGCCCAGCUCUGGGAAGCUUACUCCCGGGCGACGGCACCACAUCCUGCCGUGCAUAGCCCCAAUGCCGAGGUCACCUACACCCGUGGCAUCGUGAGUUUGUUGCUUCAAGGGCUCGUGCCCAAGCCACACCUGGAGACGCGGACUGGACGCCACGUAGUCGUGGAACUCAUUACUUGCAAUGUAAUCUUACCACUGGUCAGCAAGCUGUCCGAUCCUGACUGGAUCCACCUCGUGCUCGUGGCUGUCUUCUCCAAGGCCAGAAAUGACCCAGCACAGGUGGCUAAACCACUCUGCCCAGCCUGUGACCCCGAGCAGCCAGCAGUGCCCACAUCUCUGCCGCUGAUGGUUGAGGCAGAGAGCCGGCCGGAAGGGAGAGCCCCUUCCCCAGUAGCUGUCCCAGUGCUCGUAAGCUGCAGUGAGCCAGGCCUGUCCCCAGAGGUUGAGGAAGGCCAUGAAGCCAUAGAGGCAGAUUUCGGCGGCAUCCUUGAAGAAAGGAAAGUGGGAAACAGCUCGCCUCAUUUCCUACAGCCGGAUAUUCGAGGCCCCCUGUUCCUGUGUGAAGACUCAGAGCUGGAAUCGCCACUGUCGGAACUGAGCAAGGAGACAAUCAUGCUCAUGACCCCAGGCAACUUCCUGUCUGAGAGGAUCCACGAUGCCCUGAAUGCCCUGGAGGAAUCCCAGGUUCUGGAGCCCAAGGAUGGCGGGGGGUCCGAAGGUGUUGAAGGAACCGAGGCUGAGGAGGGCCCAGGGACAGACACAGAAGCAGGCCUGCUGGUCCCCGCGCCGAGCUCCUGCCCAGAGAUCCAGAUUGACACAGCGGACAAGGAAGCCGAGCAGGGAGAUGCCACCCCCCUCACAGCUUUCGGGGAGGAACAGGAAAAGACCUGCCCCCCGCGACCCUCCUGUCUAGAGAAGGAUCUCACCGACGGCGUGAGCUCUCUCGAUCCUGCGCUGCCACCGAUUGCGCUCUCCUCUUCUCCACCCGGUCCUCUCAGCUCAGCCACGUUCAGCUUUGAGCCUCUCAGCAGUCCAGAUGGCCCCGUCGUUAUCCAGAACCUUCGAAUUAGUGGCACCAUCACGGCUCGAGAGCACAGUGGCACCGGCUUCCACCCAUACACGCUCUACACCGUGAAGUAUGAGACAGCUCUUAACGGUGAAAACAGCAGUGGCCUGCAGCAGUUGGCCUACCACACUGUGAACCGCCGCUACCGGGAAUUCUUGAAUCUGCAGACUCGACUGGAGGAGAAACCAGAUCUACGGAAGUUCAUCAAAAACGUGAAGGGUCCUAAAAAGCUCUUUCCAGAUCUUCCAUUUGGAAAUAUGGAUAGUGACAAAGUAGAAGCCCGUAAGAGCCUUCUGGAAUCAUUCCUAAAGCAACUCUGUGCCAUUCCUGAGAUCGCUAACAGUGAGGAAGUACAGGAGUUCCUUGCUCUGAACACAGAUGCUCGAAUUGCCUUUGUCAAGAAACCAUUCAUGGUCUCUAGGAUAGACAAGAUGGUGGUGAGUGCUAUUGUGGACACCUUGAAGACAGCAUUUCCUCGCUCUGAACCCCAGAGCCCCACAGAGGAGCUGAGUGAGGCCGAGACUGAAAGCAAGCCCCAGACGGAAGGCAAGAAGGCUAGCAAGUCCAGACUGAGGUUCUCAUCCAGCAAAAUUGCUCCAGCACUGACUGUCACCGAAGCACACGACAGGGUUCUGUAUUGUCUCCGCGAAGGCCACGUGGAGUCAGAGGUCCUCUCCAUGUCUAGGAUGGAAUCCUUUAUUGAAAAACAGACAAAGCUACUGGAAGUACAACCAACAGAAACCCUAAAUAAAGGUCUCACACGAACCUCCAAAGAAUAUGUGGAUGGUGGCUUGUCAGGUGCGACAGUGCCAGCCCAAGACCUCAGUGACAGUGAUCCAGGGACAGAGACAGAGUUAGCUGACACAGCCCUGGAUCUGGUCCUGUUGCUGUUAAUGGAACAAUGGAAGUGGCUGUGUACCGAAAACAUGCAGAAAUUUCUCCGGCUUAUCUUUGGGACCCUGGUUCAGAGGUGGCUGGAGGUGCAGGUCACUAACCUAACAUGUCCUCAGCGCUGGGUGCAGUACCUCCGCCUUCUUCGGGAGUCCAUCUGGCCAGGUGGAGUGUUGCCCAAGUCUCCCCGGCCUGUAAGGACCCAGGAGCAGAAGGUGGCUACUGAGAGUCAAGCUUUGCAGAGCCUGAUGGAGGUCCUGCCAGAUUUUGUGGUAGAAAUCCUGGGGGUGAACAAAUGCCGGCUGAGUUGGAUUCUGGUCUUGGAGUCCCUGCAGCAACCCCUCAUCAACAGGCAUUUGAUUUACUGCCUUGGGGACAUCAUCCUGGAGUUCUUGGACCUCAGUACCUCUGUUGAGGAGUCUGCCACAGCCACCCCUGCCUCAAAUACCCCAGGCAUCCCCAAGAAGAUGGGGGUACCUCCAUAGCCAUAGACGAAUCACAAAGACCAAGGAAGGAGUCACCGAGCCACCCAGAGACCAGUCAGGAAGCCUGUGCCCUCCAGAACUAGGUUACAGCUCAGAAGGCUUGAGGUCGCAGUGGCUGAAUUCCCCUCCAGCUCUGCUCCAUUUGUAGUGGGCAGUGAGAGAUGUACUUACCAAUUGCAUGCAUAUCCGUUUCCAUAGCUUUUUUAGUGGUGUAUGGAUUGUUACUGGUGGAUAGAUCCUGGCUCCUUUGGAAAAGGAAACUGUGAGGUAGAGGAAUGAGCCCCCUUUGCCCUCCUUUCUAAUAUUAUUUGCCAAAAGGCUGGCCCCAUGCACACAUGUGCCUAAUCCGCCAACACACAAGCUGUGGAUAGGGCAGGAAAAAAACUAUAGCCAGAUUUCCGUGGAAGAGAAAGUAAUCUUUUGAGUUCUCUGUUCCCACCUGGAAACUGCAGAUUUAUCCAGGCCACUCUUGAAAGGCAGACCCCCGGGCCCUCUCUGGAUUCCCAGCAAUCCCAGCAGAAGAGGGAGGGAGGAGAUUUCUCAGCGACGUUUUCUCACUGAGGAUUUUCCAAGACAUCGACCUGGUGGAGGAUGUCAUGAAGGCUGCUUUUCUGAGUGGCUACACUUUUCCUGUCCAGAAGUCUUCAAAACAGACUGCCAAAGCUUCUGGUAAAUCCACCCCACCCUUCACACCCUUUCCUGCAAGGGAGUUGCACCACAGAUUUUAUUUAUUAGCUUUCCUUCCAACCCCCUGCCCAAAGCAGUUGGAGUUCUGAAUUUGAGGCCCUCCUUCUGUCUUCAACAGAAUCUCAUGGCAAGUUACAAAUGCAGCCGCAGUGUUUCCAGGGACAAGAGGAAGCACUUGCUCCACAGCCGAGGAUGCCCGAAGAGUAGGUAGCGCAGAGGACGGAGGGGUCUCCCUUAACAAGUCUCUGACAGGAAACUGCAGGGAAGAGCUGCUGCUGCCUGCUCCUUCGGGGUCUAAUUAGUCUUUAAGACACCAGCGAUGCAGGCAGAGGUGUUCUGCCGGCUACAGUGUCUCUUAGAAGGAGGGAACAAUUCGGCAGGCUUGCUGGUGCAAAGGAGGCAGGCAGAGGUGUUCUGCCGGCUACCGUGUCCCUUAGAAGGAGGGAACAAUUUGGCAGGCUUGCUGGUGCAAAGGAGGCAGGUAGAAAGUCACAGGACAGUGCUGCUCACUAAGUGCAUCGGAAUGGCUGGCAAGGGGGCUUCAAGGCUGUUGCUGGACCACUUGGCUGACCCCUCAGCCCUGUAGCUCCUGGGGCGCCUCCCAGCCCCCCACUUCUACCGAACUCAGAUCCUCCCACUUGGAGGAGGGCCCCAGAGUUAGAUUGAUGAAAAUGGGUAGAGCUUUAAGAACAAACCCCGGGUUUCUCUUAGACUCUGAAAUAGGUGACGAGCAUACAAUUAAAAUGGUUUAUAGGAAAA